CUCAAAAACAGCUUGAGUCCUUGCCUUCUCUCUCUGCAUUAAACUAAAAUUCAUUCAAGUGAAGAAAAAGAAAGCUGGUCAUUUACGCCCAAAAAUGGGGAGAUGAAUUUGGGUAUAAUUAAUGAAGGGCUACAAAGCGAAAAGACGGAUUGGUUCUAAGGUGGUUAUGGAUGUCUACGUUACCACGGAAAAGAGAGGCAUCAAAAAGUUCACACAAAGGCCUGAAAAGGAACAGAAGAAGAGAGAAGAAAAUAAGGCUGAGAGCGUCACGUGCGUGUCACAUGGGUCGAUAUCGGUGAUCGGACGCCGGAGAGUCAUGGAAGACGCGGUGAAGCUGUCGGUCGGAGAGAUACAAGGGUAUGACUUUUUCGCUGUGUAUGAUGGGCACGGUGGGGCCCAAGUGGCUAACGCUUGCCGCGAUAGGAUGCACCAGUUGGUGGUGAAAGAGGUGGAGGAGAGGACGCGUGGAGGGAAGGGACCGGAAUGGGAGAAGGUGAUGGCAGCUUGUUUUGCGAAGAUGGACGAGGAGGUGAGUGGAGAAGAUUAUCAGGGUGGGGCGGAGGAUGUGGAUAUGAAAACGAUGGGGUCCACGGCGGUGGUGGUGUUGGUAGGGAGGGAUGUUGUGGUGGUGGCCAACUGUGGUGACUCAAGAGUUGUUCUAUGUCGUGGCGGCACCGCGGUGGCUUUGUCUAGUGAUCAUAAGCCUGACAGACCUGAUGAAAGGGAAAGAGUGGAAACAGCUGGGGGAACGGUCAUAAACUGGAAUGGAAGUCGUGUCCUGGGAGUUCUUGCCACUUCAAGAUCGAUAGGAGAUCAACAUUUGAAGCCAUAUGUAAUCUCCAAACCAGAGGUCUCUGUUACUGAGCGAACUAAGUCUGACACCUAUCUUUCGUUUCUUUCCUAUCUUUUUCUUUUUUUCUUAGAUGAGGUGUUAGUCUUUUCUUUUCAUUAUGCUUUGAAGUUGUAUCCCUUCGAGCUUGACAGGUUAAUGUAAAGUACGUUCUUCAAUAGCAUAUAGAAAACUAUUGUGGUGCUUUUUGUUUAACGCAACAAUAACAUGUCAUUGAAGAUUCAUUGUUAUAAAUUUAUAAUGCUUCAAUGAUAUUUCAUAGAAAAACAAAGGAAUUUCAAUGAUAUUUUUAUGCUUUUGAUAGUAUCGGAGGCUUUGCUUCCUUUUUCUUUUGUGGGCUGGGUAACAAUGUCUCUGGUCUAUGUUGAGAUCCCAGUAUCUGUACCGCCUACAAACCUUUAUUAACUAGCCUGUCAGCAAUUUCGCUUGGAUACUGCAUUUUAAGUCUCAAUCAACAAUGGAAAAAACUGAAUCUUCAUCUUCUUGGUCAUGAUGAAGACUUGGAUUCCUUUCAUGACAGAAACGAUAAUAUUUACCCUGUCCUGGCAACGGAGGAAAGUUGCAUCAAAUAUGUUUUGUAGCCCACUUUGCUGAAUUAAACUUUGAGCACCCAUAACCAAUAUGCCUUGAAAAACUUGUCGAAAAUCAUUGAGCAUGCUAUGCCCUUUGAAGUAAGCUGCAUUACAAAGAGGUUUCUUAGCACUAAGUACAUGGUGACACUACUUCAAGGUUCAAUCUGACCUAGUGGGAUUGCUCCUGCUUGAAAAGGAAGAAAGGGCGCCAAGGCAGUUUUGUGGUGUUGUUAUGGUCUAAUUUAUCCUGGUGAGAAUGAUCUAUUAUUGAUGAGCAACAAGUGAGGGAACUAAAAACUAAGCCCUCUCGUAUUUGAACUUGAAAUUGGCAAAAUCUUAUGAAGCUCGGGAUAUCUUUGCACCAAAUUUAGAUCAGGCCUUUGCUCGUGCAGUUUGGGCUUCUCUGACUUUGGACCUGAAUAGAAAAUCAUACCCAACACGCUUUUGUGGGCACUUAUUGCCCUAGUAAGUUGACCCUGCUAGUUAUUCCAUGAACCUGUUGGCUGGCUCAAAUGCAUUUUGUUCGGCUAGGAGCUCAAGAAUUGCCGUUUUAGAAGAGUAGACCCCACUUAGUCAAAUCCGGGAAGCUGCUUCAUAUUAUCCAAUUGUACAGCAAAGGUGGAAAUUUCGGUUCUGAACUUUGCCAAUGUAGAACUACUGCGGAAGCAACUGAACACGCUGCAAAAGCACUUUGUCGGAAGCCUUUUAAGGAUUCUGAUCGUAGAGAACUGCCAUGGUGGAGUAAACAAGAGUUGGGAUGUGAUAACAGGAAACUUCCAUGAGAAUGAUAGCAUGUUUAAUACUUAUUAGUUCAUAGGGGAAUAACUCAACUGCCACGGUUGAAUCUUGAACAGGAGAAGAGAGACAAAAACAUUGUUGUGCAAACUGUAUUUAUAUGGAAAAUAUAAAAUUGCUGCAAAGCUUGCAGCAUCACAACGCCAAAAUAUAAAAGGACAUCAGCUGCUAUGAAGUACAAAGAAAAACAGACUCCUUGCAAUCUAUCGAGAAGCCAUUUGUUUACUUCUCAAUUCUCACUCUUUUUCAAUGUCUCUCAAAACUAUCUAUUAGAUAAAACUAAUGAAGCGGGGGGAGAAAGAGGAUGAGCACUGCUUUUUAAUGGUCUCUUCACUCCUUUCUCCUCCCAUCUUCAACGUUAUUAAUCUAAUAUCAGCUAAAACCCUGUAUAGCUGAAAAUCCCCAAACAAA